AUGUCGUCCUCCCUGAUCGCUUUCACCACCCUGCUCGGUCUAGCUGCUGCUGUGAUUGAGUCGUGCCCAGCGAACUCGCCGAUCAGCUGCCAGACCAGUGGCACCAUUUCAAACACAUGUUGUACUGAAGUCCAGGGUCAAGUUCUGCAGACCCAAUUCUGGGAUUCAGAUCCCGCAACUGGACCCGGAGACUCUUGGACGAUCCACGGACUCUGGCCAGAUAACUGUGAUGGCUCUUAUGAAGCCACGUGCGACAGCUCGAGAGCAUACACAGAUAUUGGUUGUAUCCUUCUGGACAAGGGUCACGGCGAUAUCCUGAGUUACAUGGAGACUUACUGGAAGNNGGACUACCAAGGAGACGAUGAGUCUUUCUGGGAGCACGAAUGGAGCAAGCACGGCACUUGCUACUCUACCUUGAACCCCGAUUGUUAUACCGACUACCAGAAGGAGGAUGAGCUUGUCGACUUCCUCAACACCACCAUCACCCUGUUCAAGGAUCUGCCUACUUACGAUUGGUUGGCUGAUGCUGGUAUCACNCCCAGCUCCAGCAAGACCUACACCAACGCUCAGAUCACCAGUGCACUUCAGUCAAAGUUCGGAGCUACUCCUAUCCUUUCUUGCAGCAGUGGCAAGCUUAACCAGGUCGAAUAUGUCUUCAACGUACGCGGAAGUGUCGCCAAUGGUCAAUUUAUUGCUGUCAACCCUACUGGUACCAAAGGAAACUGCCCAAAGACUGGUAUCAAGUACCUGCCCAAGGAUCUCAGCACUACACCCGAAGCCAAUGAAGGUAGCUGUUCUUAG